UUUAGUUAAUACAGUAAGGCGCCUAGCAGUUGCAGUAAUAAUCCAGAAUCUUGAUCGAAAUACCGAUUCCAUUCUACAUACCCGACGAUAGUUUUGAUUGCUUCUAUUUCAGUUCUUCGCGGAUUGUUUAUAAAUCUUAAUUCCUGUAAAUAAUACCGCUUUGUUUACGAUAAUCGCAUCAGAGAUUAGAAAAAGAUGACGCGUCCGCGCCGCUUAUCGGCCGCCAGUGAGGAGAGUACGGGGACGGCGGGCGACCAGGAGCUCGGAAGCAUGUACGAUUACUUGGCCAAGAUUAUCCUGCUAGGACCGAGCGGAACGGGAAAGUCAUGUCUACUUCACCGCUUUGUUAAGAACGAAUGGCGAGUUCUCUCUUCCCAGACGAUCGGUGUCGAGUUCGCAAGCAAGAUUAUCAAGGUCGGCACCGGUGCACGACGGAAGAGGAUAAAGCUACAGCUAUGGGAUACCGCAGGCACCGAACGAUUCCGCUCCGUUUCCCGAUCCUAUUAUCGAGGUGCUGCUGGUGCCAUUUUAUGCUACGAUCUCACAUCGCACAAUUCAUUCCGAGCAUUACAACCGUUUCUCAACGAUGCGCGUGCGCUCGCAUCACCUAACUUGACGAUGGUGCUCGUGGCAAACAAACUAGACCUUGCGAACGACACCCUCGUCGAUACAAGCCUACCACCCCCCACACCGUCGAGUACGAGUUCUUCUAUACCAUAUAGCACAUCUGCUGGCACAGCUAGUGCCGGCGCUAGUCUCGGUACGCAGCUGAGAGCUACGGUUGCGCCAGAGGGUAGGGAGGUCUCAACGACAGAAGCCUCUCGAUGGGCGAGUAGCGUCAAUGUUCCCGUCACGAUGGAAGUAUCGGCCUUUUCGGGCGAGGGUGUGGAUGAGGUUUUUGGAAGAUUAGCACGUAUGAUCCUAACGAAGAUCGAGCUUGGAGAAAUCGAUCCGGAUGAUCCGAUGAGUGGAAUUCAGUACGGAGAUGGAGGCAUGUGGAACGCUGGAGCCAGCGACGGAGGCAGCAUCAAGAGCUCUAUGACGGCAGACGAAGUGGGCCUCGGCGGCAUGAGGAGAAGACAUAAGGGAAAGAAUCGCUCUCAGAAUUGGGGUAUGCGGGAGUGGGAGGAAGUUUUCACCCUCAAUCGCGGACGAAAUAGGGGGAAUUGCUGCUAAUGCCACUACUAAUACGAAAUGGUGGAGGAUAUGUCGGAGGUCGGCUGUAACGACAACGAGAAGGAUAUGGGCCGGAUGGAACUGGCCUGGCAAUAACACUACGAUGAUACCUACUUUGCAAUGGCGCUCGCUUUUUUUGUCUUCUGUCAGGAGUUGGAGGCGAGCAUCAGGAAGAUCCUCAAGAAGACCAGACCUGAUAGAGUAAUAUAAGAUUUCUUUUUGUCGCGUUAUCGAUUUACAAGGAUGUACAGGCCACGGACGUUAAAGAUUGGAUAUUCGUGAGCCUUAUCAACGGGUGAUAUCCACCGAUCUAUCCCACGAUGCCGAGACGAGCACCGAUAAGCGGCGUGGGAGAUGAGGCUCCGUCCUUUUCGGCGGACAGUCCUCCAUCACCCCUGCACUUCGGUAGAUCAUCUUCCAUCAGGCCACGGAUCACCGCCUUUUCUAAUAAAUCAUGUUUCGAUAGCCCUUUUCCGAAUUAAUACCGAAUUACGAAAAAUCCCUAAAAGCCAUAUCUUCUAUAAAAUUUGUUGAUAUCCGGGAUGUCCCCCGAAGAGGCUCCCGCUCCGCCACACGUGGCUAGCCCGAUAUGGAGGCGGGGUGAUACCUUCCGUGACAUGGAACCACU